AUGUGGAAAACAGCCAUCGUGUUUUUCCUUUCAACAAGUAUCUAUGCGUUACAGGUCCCACUUGUGCCACCAGAUCGGGAUCCAUUUUAUUUGGCACCACCUGACUACAAGUCUGCUCCAUUGGGAACCAUACUCAGAUCUAGACCAACGCCAAACAAACUUGUCAACAUAUGUUUCACUUAUGAACUAAAAAGAUCUUGGCAAAUUUUAUAUCGCUCACAAAAUUCGUUCGGUGAACCGACAGCUAUUGUCAUGACUGUUAUGGAACCGUUCAAUGCUCAACCGUCCAAAGUGUUAUCAUACCAAACAUUCCAAGAUUCGGCCAAUAUAAAUUGCAGUCCCAGUUACGGGUUCCAGUAUGGAGCACCAUUGUCAACUAUCGCCUCACAAUUAGAUAUGAGGUUCCUAGUGCCAGCGCUAAAACAAGGAUACUAUGUAAUCAGUUCCGAUUACGAAGGAUUCAGCUCCAGCUUUGUAGCUGGUCGACAGCUGGGAUAUGCAGUUCUAGAUGGGGUGAGAGCUGCAUUAAAAUCAAAAGGUACUACCGGUAUUGAAUCUUCGGCAAAGGUUGUUUUAUGGGGGUAUUCAGGAGGCAGUAUUGCAUCAGGUUGGGCCGCGAGUUUGCAAUCAACUUAUGCUCCUGAGUUGAAACAAAACUUAUUGGGCUGUGCAUUGGGAGGAUUUGUCACAAAUAUAACAGCUACAGCUGAAAUCACCGAUGGAGGUUUUUUUGCGGGAUUGAUUCCUUUGGCUCUUCAUGGUUUAUCCAAUGAGUAUCAAGAGUUUAAGCAAGUUAUCAGCGAAAAUGUUGAUCCACAGCAUAUGGAGUAUUUUAAACAAGGUUCAGAACGUUGUUUUGCGGGAGGUUUAAACUUCUUCCGCUUUCGAAGCUUUUUUCAAGGAGGUGACCGCAUAUUUCCUCGCGGGUUUGACUUGCGUAAUGAUAAAAUCAUUGGGAAAAUUAUUCAAGAUAACUGUGUUUGUCAUUUGAAUCAAACUUUUCUGCCACAAAUUCCAAUAUUCCUCUACAACGGCCUAUUGGAUGAAAUUGUACCAAUAACUGGUCCGCGACACAUACCCAAGCAAUGGUGUUCCUGGGGAAUCAAAUCGUUGGAGUUUGCAGAAGAUUUAUUAACGGCUCAUGUGGGACAGCAAAUCGUUGGUGCUGCUGCGGCAUGGACGUGGAUUGAAAACAUGCUUAAUGGAGCUAAACCAGUAGAAGGGUGUGUUCAUACACAACGUUUCAACAAUUUAUAUUUUUACCCUGGAGUGAAGCAAGAAACUAAGGACUAUUUCUUAGGUUUUGAGUUUAGCAUUCUCGAUUAUAUCAUAGGUGCUAAAAUUUUUGAUUUUGGUAUUCUUCAAAGGUGA